AUGUUCCAUGUGCCGGAGAGCGAGGGCGGCCGAGCCAGCUCCAGGGGCAUGCAGCCCCCCGGAGGAGCAUCGAGUGAUCUUUUUGGAAGUCCAGAAGAAGUUGUUCCUUCAAGUCGACCCAACAGGAUGGCAUCGAAUAUUUUCGGACCAACGGAAGAACCUCAGAACAUGCCUAAGAGGACCAACCCCCCAGGAGGAAAAGGAAGUGGUAUUUUUGAAGAGUCAAUGCCUGUGCAUACUCGACAGCGUCUGAACCCACCUGGUGGGAAGACCAGUGACAUAUUUGGGUCCCCUGUGACGGCUACUUUACCCUCAGCACAUCCCAACAAACCCAAGGACCAUGUGCUCUUGUGUGAAGGAGAAGACCAGAAAUUGGACCCUACAGCUGCCAUGAGCGCCUUGCCCAGAGAAGAGCCCGGAGAGAAAGGUGGCCCAAGAGAAGCAGACUGUGCCCAGGAGCCCCAGCCCACACCUACAGCUGACAGCCAUGAGCCCAGGCUGGGCCCACGGCCUCGAUCUCACAACAAAGUCCUGAAUCCACCUGGAGGCAAAUCCAGCAUCUCCUUCUACUAG